AUGUCGACGCAUUAUCCAAACUUUGGAAGACUGUCGGGAGGUCUUGGUAGCGUUUUUAAAUCGUUUACCAAGUCGUUAAAGUCCACCUCUGCCUCAUCAUCUCCGAUUCAAGUAAACCCAAAAGUUGUAGGCGGUGGAGCUGACCAACAAAAGUUGUUCAGUCACUUAUCUAGUGGUAACUUACAAGCUAGAGCUACGGCGGUCAUAAAAAUAUCAGAAUCUUUGGAAAAAUUUGCCAUCUCUCUGAUACCAGAAAUAUGGUAUUCGGCAAGAGAUCUCUGCGAGCAAAACUCAAGUAACAAAACUAUAAGAAGAAAUGUAGUGCAACUUUUGGUGCGAUGCAUUGAGCUAGAUCACACUCUUAGUGCCAGCGUGCGAUUGGUGUACUUCCAAGAUAUUGCUCGAUAUUGUAGCAACACUGUGGCGAAAGGGGUGGAUCCAGAUUUGGAUUUGUUCUUAAGAGCAUUGGCUCAAUUGACAAACGAUGGUCGAGAUAUUUAUGACUUAGUUGUAUAUAAGUCCGAAGAAAAUUUGAUGUCUACAAUUGGAUCUUGGAUAGACGUGGUGGGUAGUGUACACGAGAACGCUGUGAUAGCUACUACCUCUUUAUCCGGAACCUUCUUCUCCAUUACACCAUCGACUACUCACUCCACAUCCAACACCGCCGCGGAUCAGGCUGCUUCGAAUCAAAAGAACUUGCUUAGUCUUAUUCAAUUCACGAAAAACUGCUUUAAAUUCAAUUUCAAUAUAAUAGAAGAGGCCUUACUAGGUUCAAUAAUGUUGAAAAUUGCCAGUAUUGGAUCAGCUAUAUGUUUGAAAGAGGAGGAAUUAUCCCCUACUUACAUUGGCAAUGGUGGUCGUGACUCUAUUACAUCGUCAGCCUCACUUUAUUCUCCUAUAAUCACUGAGAUUCUUGAAUUAAUUAAUGCCCUUGUGGUAUUUGGUCAUAUCCCAAGCGUUUGCUUCCAUAGAGUAAUCGAACUAGUGUGCUGCUGUAAUUCCCAAAACGAAGUUCUUACGUGGGAAAUAAUAAGUAAUCUUGCUAGCGAUGUUAGUGAAUAUCUAGUGCUAACUAGUUUGUGUGAAAUUAUACUGAACGAUGAACUACAAAAGAGUAAAAUGGACCCUCAAUGUACAUCGGUUCGAGCUGCAAUCGGUGCUGUCGCUAUUUUAGAAAAGAUUCACACUUCCAGCUCUGCGGAAAAUAAGGGUAAUUUUGAAUAUAUUCACUCAACUGUUCUUAAAGCUGCACGAUCAGCAUUCCAACACAAUGUGCCAUCAGUAGUGACUUCUCUAUUGAAAUCAAUCAAUAGAAUGUUCCUGGGAGAAAAUAUCAAGUACUUCGAAAGGUUAUUUCCAUUCCAAAUAUGGUACUCUGCGACAUCAUCCAUGUAUGAUGCGUUAAAGGCCAUAUCUUUAAACUCAGUGGAAGACGAACUAUUGUGGAAGGACAUAUGCCUAAAUCUUCAAAACUUGUACGAGCUGCAUCAUGUAUUGCAUACUCCAAAAGAUAGGUUAGUUGACCUUUUCAUGUUCUAUCCUCAUUUCAUUGACUCUACAACCAUUGAGUUUGCGUUAAACUUUUAUUCAGAAGAGAGAUACUGUGUCUGCCAUGCUAAUCCUCAAUGGAAAGAAAAUGCUUUCAAAUUAUUGAACUACUUUUAUUAUAAUCCCAAUACAGAUAGCAGCAUCAAAAUCAAGACAUUAUCUGUUAUAAACGAUGCCUUCGAACUUUCCAUUGAUCCUAUUGAUCUGGAAAUAUUAUUACAUAUCUUCAAAAAGUCGUCGGCAUUAACUGAUCUUCAAGUGAUAAAGUAUCUAGAAGAAAUUGUUGUGAGACAAUGCUUACUGAGAAUUCCCUUGUCUACUUAUAAUGAAAUUCUAGAGGCAUUCAAAACAGCUAACCUCGUUCCUCUGGCCAAGGGCGAUGACAACUUUAAUAGCUCAAUGUUGCAAGCAUUUUGUAAAAUAUUUGUCAUUACUUCAACAAUUGAUCCUGCAAGGGCACAAGUAACGUACAACUUUAUUAUUGCAAUAGCGAACAGUUCAAUAUCUACGUUAAACGUGAACAAUCUUCUCACUAUUUCUAGAUGUUUAGUCAGAUUGAGAUGCACCAAUGAAGGGUAUUAUUACUUCUCUGCCCCAACGGAUAUGGAUGGCUUGGCGACUGCUGUCAAUCGUAAUAAAAAUGAUGCAAAUUUCGAAAAAUCGGAGUACCUUUGGGAAUAUCCGGAGCAUCUUAAUUUCUUGCCGGAAGAAUAUUUCGAUAUGCCAAGUAGAAGGCUAGUUUUGUAUAUCCAACUGAACCUGCACCAUCAGUUGAGUGAGCCUCAAUUCAUACUUGAUAUCUCAAUUUGGUUUGAAGUUGUUUUGAAUAUUAUGCAAAAGUUCGUAGGCUGGGAAAUUUAUACAUUUAUAUGGGCACACUUCUGUCCACAAUUAGCCAAUAUGCAAUUAUUCUCUCGGAAUCAAUCUCAAAUUUUGAAGCUUCGUUCGAUAGUUUGUGAACAAUUGACCUUGAAUUUACCGAGCCAAAUCCAGAUCCCAAACAAGACGACCAAGGCAAAUUUGCAAGUUAUGUUCGUUAGAACUCUUUCAGCACUUAUGGGUUAUCAUAGCCCAUUUUCCAAGCAUGACGAAGACCAAAUCAUUAAUGCACUUAUUUUCGGGUUAAGUUCGUGGGAAAAGACAGCAAUUCCUUGUAUUCAUAUCUUGACAGUUUGUUGUUAUGAGACCCCACUUUCCAUCAAGAAAUUCUUAUCUUUGAUUCUUAACAAGUUACAAACCAGAAUAUCGUCUCCAUUGGCUGCAAGUCCAACGUUGGAAUUUUUGCUUUCGUUAAUAAACUUAGAGACUUUGACAGCAAAUUUUACUUUGGACGAAUUUCGUAGGGUUUUCGCUAUUGCCUUCAAAUACAUUCAACAUUGCAGUGAACGACAAACAAAAAACUCAGAUGAAGAAGAAGUCAAUAUACAAGUACAUGGAAUUGAUGCUGAUAUAGACCAAACUCCAUCAACUUCAACGCAGUCCUCUGCUACUCUUUCACACUAUGUAUUGGCAUUGCUGUACCAUGUGAUCUCGGCAUGGUAUCUUAAGUUGAACAUGAACGAGAGGAAACAAUUAUCAAGCUUCUUAAUAAAGAAUUUACUUGCUUCGUGCGCUGUUCCUCAAGAUAAUCAACAAGUAAUGGCAUAUAUCGACUUAAUAACAAGAUUUACGUAUAGUGAUCUUGAUUUAACAAUGAGUCAGCCUCUCAAGAAACAUUUUGGGGGAGCUGGAAGCUCAUCAUCCAACAAUGGUAAUUCUGGUUCUAUGAGUAAUUCAAAUCAAAGUUUUACAACAAACACCUGGAUUAUAGGUGGUACAAUUCUAACAAUCUCAACCAAUGGUAGUACUGGUGAUUCGGAGAUAACAAUUCGUAGACCUACAGGAAUCACCAGUAUGAAAGUUAGCUUAAAUAACGCAGAACUAUCUCUGGGAGGAGGGGCAAGCAAUAAACAGUUGGUUACUUCUAACCACAUACUUCUUCAGCUCUUCAACAACAUGGAUGUUAACAACAAAUCGAAACCUAUCCCUCUAAUUGAAGACCCAGUUAGCAACAGAGCAAUAUCAACUUUUGAUAGAAUUCCAACUGUAGAGUUCCAUAAAGUUGGUUUGGUGUAUAUGGGACCCAAUCAACUGAAUGAGAGAGAUAUACUAGGUAAUCGAGUUGGAUCAGUGGCAUAUCAAGAGUUCUCAGACAAAGUAGGGACUCUUAUCCGUCUCAACCAAUGUAAGGAAGUCUAUGUUGGAGGGUUAGAUACAGAAUCUAAUACCGAUGGAGAUUACGCCAUAUUUUGGAAGAGCAAGACACAGCAAUUAAUUUUCCACACAACUACUAUGAUGCCAAAUAAUGAGAAUGACAAGAGGUUUGAAUUAAAGAAAAGGCACAUUGGAAACAACUACGUUAAUAUAUUUUUCGAUGAGCUGGGCUUACCGUUUAAUUUCAAUGUGAUCAGAAGUCAAUUCAACUUCUUAAACAUUGUUAUUACUCCACAUUCAUUAAGUAGUGCCAAUUUUCCCAUGACUAGUAGCGGCAAUAGUGGAAGCAAUAGCAGCAACUAUUACAAAGUUAAGAUUAUUAGAAGAGCAGGUGUUCCAGGAGUAUUUGCAUGUUGCCAUUUUAAGAUAAUAUCUCAAGAGCAGUUACCAGUGUUCAUUAGAAAUUUGUCCAUAAUAUCUAAUCUUUUUGCAUCCGUUUGGCACACAACAGGAGAGUAUGUAUCCAAUUGGGCUCACAGAUUCAACCAGAUUAAAGUCUUAAAGGAAAAAACAAUUAAAAACCAUCUUGUACUUAAAGAGGAACAAGAGAGACUAAUGGAGAGAAACAUUAAUGGGAGCGCAGGAAGAGGAAGUGUAGGGACAGGAGGCGGAGUAGGAGGAGGUAGUGAUGGCAUAGGCACGAACACAGCUCAAUCAUUCUUGGAGCAAUUGCGUGAUGUUCAUCCAAUUACAAACAUCACCAAUAUUGAUACUAACAAGUUUGAAUACAUUGGAGCUGAGGAUGACGGGUUGUACUCGGUAUUUGAGUUUAAUUCUUACACUUAA